AUGGAAAAGAGAAUAGCUUCUAUUAUUACUGGCGAUGACGUUGGACCGAAUAGCUUGGAGAUAUCUUAUCCUUAUAGAUCCAGCCUAACCAGUAAUGGUGACUUGACUGUAGAACAACCUCUGGAUUAUGAAACUAUUUCACCAGAAGAUCGUAUAUUCGAUGUGAUUCUAAUAGCUGGUAUUGAACCGUAUGAUACAGUGGCUCGCUUAAAAAUUGAACUGGUUGAUAUUGAUGACAAUCCACCAAAACUUGAAAUUAUCGGAGAUUUAGAUUUAAAUAACUUAACGGUAGUUGAAAAUUCUCCACCUGGAACUAUAUUAUUUGAAGUAUUAGUAACCGAUGCUGACUAUUUAUACGGAAAGAAAAAUAUUUUCGAAUACACACUCAGUGGAGAAGGCUCGACAAAUUUCCAAGUUAGAGAGAUAAAUUAUACAGUUGCGGUUGUUGUAUCACCAGCUGCAGAUUUAAAUCGAGAAAAAUGUGAUUCUAUUUUUUUAACGCUUCAAGUUAAGGAUUCCGGUGAUAAUAGCGAUAGUAUUUCGGCAUAUGUCAGGAUACUCGAUGUUAAUGACAAUAUUCCAGUGUUUGCUUCAAAUGAUUAUAAAAUUCAAGUAGUAGAAAAUUGGCCAAUAGGUACGGUUUUGACUUCAAUCAGUGCGAUUGAUAGGGACUUGGCUAACAAUGGGAGCAUACAAUAUUCGCUCAACAAAAACACUGGAGAAUAUUUUGUUAUUGAUGAGAACAUAGGUGUCCUACGAACUGCUCGACUUCUAAUUGGGAUGGCAAGAACGCAGCCUUACGAAAUUUUUGUUACAGCAUCAGAUGAAGGUGUUCCACCGCUUUCAUCAUCUACAAAACUUACGAUCCAUAUAACAGAAUCAUUGCCACUGAGCCGCGAAGGUCGUGAUAAUGAUAUUCAAAUUGUUGACCCACCAGUCGAUUUCAUCUUAUAUCUUGAUGAGAACACACCAAGCAAUCAACAUAUUUAUACAGUUAGAGCAAAAAGUGGUAAUUUCAAUGAACAGUCUGAUCGCGAAAUCAAAUAUUCACUUGCUCCCGUCGAUGAUAUUGCCGAUGGUGGGUGGUUUACAAUCGAUUCAACUACUGGAGAAGUAUUUACUCUAACAACAUUGGAUCGAGAAAUUCGAACAUCAGUCACGCUUUUAUUAUUUCUUGUCAUUGAUUUAUUAGUUACUUAA